GAGCGUCUGAGGACAAUGGCUGCAGCAUCCGACAGUGCGGCGACGGCAAAACCCCAAAACGUUAAAAAGGUUUCAAAACCACUGAUGGAGAAAAAAAGAAGGGCGCGUAUAAAUAAAUGUUUGAAUCAGUUAAAGAGCCUUCUAGAAAGCGUCUGUUCUAACAAUAUUCGCAAGCGAAAACUGGAAAAGGCUGACAUUUUGGAGCUCACUGUGAAACAUCUGAGGCAUCUGCAAAAUACGGAAAGAGGACUGCCCAAAGUUUGUGAAUCUGCUGAAUAUCACGCUGGCUACAGAGGUUGUCUCACCACUGUAAGUCAUUUUCUUCGAGCGUCGGACACAGACAGAGAUUCUCGCUCCAUCAUGCUGACAAAUCUUACGAGCGGUCUUAACCACAUCAGAGUUCCUGACUUCAGUACCGUGGAGAGCGAUCCCGCACAGAUCUUUACACCAUCAGGUACACUUCGUCGACCACACAUUCCCAUUAGAACAGACGCCCCUUGUUCAAGCUUUCAGCAAACUUCAGAGAGAAAAGUGUGCUUAAUGCCCAAGAGGACUGAGAUGGGUGAUAGCGACAGAAUGUCAUUCGACGCAGAAGUUGGAACUCUUGGGAGCCUGGAAUCCAAAAAGAUCGAAACCACACUCUUCAGACGUAAAAAUUCAAAGGUCAUUGAGUGCUGCUUCUUCAAACAGAAUUAUUGGAGGCCUUGGUAG